AAUAAUAAAAAAACCGAAAAUCGGAAAGAAAUAGAAAUAGAAAUAGAGAGAGAAAGUAGAGAGAGAAAGAGAGAGCUCUACUCUCACAUGGCCUCCUUGCCAUUAGGGCCUCGCCAUCAACCUCCACCACAGCCACAGUCACAGCCACAAGUACAGCUGCUUCAACACCCUCAACCUGAAAAUGACCGUCUAAAUCUCAACUCUCACCGUACCUCAGCAAUGGACACCGAUAAGGAAAUGUCAGCUGCAGUGAUUGAAGGGAAUGAUGCAGUAACUGGUCAUAUCAUUUCCACUACAAUCGGUGGCAAAAAUGGUGAACCAAAACAGACAAUCAGUUACAUGGCUGAGCGUGUGGUGGGUAGUGGCUCAUUUGGAAUUGUAUUCCAGGCAAAAUGCUUGGAAACAGGAGAAACGGUCGCCAUUAAGAAGGUUUUACAGGAUAAACGUUAUAAAAACAGGGAGCUGCAACUAAUGCGUCUGAUGGAUCACCCAAAUGUGGUUUCUCUAAAGCAUUGCUUCUUCUCGACAACUAGUAAAGAUGAGCUUUUCUUGAAUUUGGUUAUGGAAUACGUUCCUCAGAAUAUGUAUCAUGUUCUUAAGCACUACAACAGCAUGAAUCAGAGGAUGCCACUCAUCUACGUGAAACUGUACACAUAUCAAAUCUUUAGGGGCCUUGCAUAUAUUCAUUCGGUUCCUGGGGUCUGCCAUAGGGAUGUGAAGCCUCAAAAUCUUUUGGUCGAUACUCUAACUCAUCAGGUUAAGAUUUGCGACUUUGGAAGUGCGAAAGUACUGAUUAAGGGUGAAGCAAAUAUAUCAUAUAUAUGCUCACGUUAUUAUCGAGCUCCAGAACUCAUAUUUGGUGCAACAGAAUACACAACCUCAAUUGAUAUUUGGUCGGCCGGUUGUGUCCUUGCUGAACUUCUUCUGGGCCAGCCGUUGUUUCCUGGAGAAAAUGCGGUGGACCAACUUGUGGAGAUAAUCAAGGUUCUUGGUACUCCAACUCGGGAAGAAAUUCGAUGUAUGAAUCCAAAUUACACGGACUUCAGGUUCCCUCAGAUUAAAGCCCAUCCAUGGCACAAGGUUUUUCACAAGCGAAUGCCUCCUGAAGCUAUUGAUCUUGCUUCACGUCUGCUUCAAUAUUCUCCAAGUCUUCGUUGCACAGCUCUAGAAGCAUGUGCUCAUCCUUUCUUUGAUGAGCUACGGGAGGCCAAUGUCCGCCUCCCUAACAACCGUCCAUUGCCCCCUCUGUUCAACUUUAAGCAAGAAUUAGCUGGAGCAUCCCCUGAACUGAUCAGCAGGCUGCUACCAGAGUAUGUGCGAAGACAGAUUGGUCUUGGUCUUCAACAUCAGCAGGCAAGUACAUAAAAAACUGAAGACACGAAUCAACAUAUAAGUUCCAUUUAUUGGGUGGAUGAAUGGAUGGAUGGAUCAAAUGCAAACAAAAAAGUUCCUUGCAGUCUAGAUAAAACCAAGUGGGUAUCUUGGCCCAACUCUGUUCCUGAGAUGAUUUACAAACACAUAGCACUCGCUGUUUGGCUUAGCAUGGAAAUUGUGAUAUCAACUACUUUAUUUUAGCCAAUACAUAUUGAUUUUGUAUUCCCAAUGUCUAGAUUUUUUUUUUUCUUUUGUUUUUCGAUCUGUAAAAUCGGAGAAAGUGAAAAGUGUAUGACUGAAAAGGGUAUGAUUCAUGUUUCUAACUAGGCUGUGCCUCCAAGAAAAGCUUAAUAGGAGCUUAUUGGUAGGCUUCGAAUUCGAAUUGUUUUGUCCUGAUAAGUUUUUCUGUAUGUAUUAUUUAGUCUGUUUCCUAGUCAUAUUAAAGUA